UCAAUUGUCACAAUGUCGCUUUAUUUAUUUCUAACCGGAUUAUAUUUCCUGUGCGCGAUACAGGCAUCUGUAUGUGACAUAUGUUCAACUUGUUUGUGCACACCGAACGCGGUGCAGAUUAACUGCAAUGGGAAAGAUCUAGUCAACAAUGACGUCCUUAAUUCUGAUUUAUUGACUUUAAAUCGCCAGCAAAGAGUGCACAAGCUUGUUUUAUCGAAUAACAAUAUUACCACCAAUUUCCCGAGGAACUUAUUAACGAAAUUAAAAUAUUUGAGAAGAUUGGAUCUGUCGGAGAACGCUAUAGAAAGAGUGUAUACAGUAAUGUUCAUCGGCUUGGAAAAUCUUGAGGAUUUAAAUCUUUCUAAGAACAGAUUAAGAAUUUUCGACGACUCUUUACUAGAAGUGCUUCCGAUGCUGAUGCACUUAAAUCUUAGUCGUAAUCAAAUGGACUCGAUAGAACAUAUGACGAACAAAAGAAUUACGAGGAUCACUGAGCUCGAUCUUUCGCAUAACUCCCUAUCCGGCCUGCCUGAAGGAUUUCCCAACACGUUACAAAAUCUACGUUAUUUAGAUUUGUCCUUUAACAGAAUUCAUUAUUUAUCAAGCGGCAAUUUAAUGCAGUUCAAAUCUUUGGACAUACUUUAUAUAAAUAAUAACUUACUCACCGAACUGAAAAUUCAAACGUUGCCGAACACGUUAAUUCAAUUGCACUCUGGAUAUAACGAAAUCAGAGAAAUGCUUCUCGAUAUACCUCAACUCGAGGUAUUAAAUAUAGAAUACAACAACAUUUCUAAAAUAGAAAAUCUAAAGAUUAACAGUAUACAUCAUCUUAAUAUUAGAGGAAACGCGUUGUCCAAUUUUCCAAAUAUUCUUUUGGAAAACUUGAGAACCUUAGAUAUAUCUAACAAUCAACUAACUUCUAUUCCCGAAACGAUAUCUAUUAAAAAUUUACCAUUAUUGGAGAAACUUAAUAUCAGCGAGAAUCCUAUUAAAAACUUGACGAUCUCCACGGAGUUAAAAUUGAAUUCUUUCAUCGCAAGUCACAUAAAUACGUUGGAAUCUAUCGAUACGGACGUGUUUCGGAAUUUACGAUCACCGGCUAACGAUUGUAUCAAUCUCACUAUAUCUAACAACAAGUUAUUGACUCUGAUUGACGAACACGCUUUCACGACUAUGAAUUUGUGUUCAUUAGAUUUGAGUAAUAAUCAUCUAGUUUUCGUGUCGCAAAAAUUGAUUGAUCACAAUGGGAUUAAGAAAACGAACAGCAUUAAUCUACAAGGGAAUCCAUUUAGAUGCAAUUGCGAACUACAGUGGAUGUUGAAUGAUUUGGUACCGAGACUUUAUUCUAGCCAGCCUGAGCUUUUGGAUGACUUGAGAUGUACUUGGCCUUCUGCAUUAUCGAACGUGAGAAUGGUGCAUUGGUACGGAUGGAAAGAGGCGAUUUUCUGUAGCAAUGCGACGCAUUUUAACGAAGAUCUCGUGGUGAAAGUCGCCAGCGCAGUAGAGAAUGAAACAGUGAAAUUCGAUUCGAGUACGGGUCUGUUAAUCGUCGUAGGAUUAGCUACGACUGUGUUAACAAUUUUGAUAGUGGGAGGCAUCGUCUGGACGCAGAGAAUAGCCAUGAGAAGGCGGAGAGUCAACAGAAAGUUUUAAACUUCCUCCCUUCU